AUGAACGGCCUCGAAACCCACAACACAAAGCUCUGUAUCGUCGGUAGUGGUCCGGCUGCUCACACGGCGGCGAUUUACGCAGCUAGGGCUGAGCUAAAACCUCUUCUCUUCGAAGGAUGGAUGGCUAACAACAUCGCUCCCGGAGGUCAAUUAACAACAACCACCGACGUCGAGAAUUUCCCCGGAUUCCCUGAAGGUAUUCUCGGAGCAGAGCUCACUGACAAAUUCCGAAACCAAUCGGAACGAUUCGGUACUAAGAUCUUCACGGAGACGGUGACGAAAGUCGAUUUCUCAUCGAAACCUUUUAAGCUAUUCACAGAUUCAAAAGCCGUUCUCGCCGAUGCUGUGAUCGUCGCUACAGGAGCUGUCGCUAAAAAGCUUAGCUUCGUUGGAUCUGGUGAAGAAAGUACCGGAGGUUUCUGGAAUCGUGGAAUCUCCGCUUGUGCUGUUUGCGACGGAGCUGCUCCGAUUUUCCGGAACAAACCUCUUGCGGUUAUCGGAGGAGGAGAUUCCGCCAUGGAAGAAGCUAACUUUCUAACGAAAUACGGAUCGAAAGUUCAUAUAAUACAUAGGAGAGAUGCUUUUAGAGCUUCUAAGAUUAUGCAACAGAGAGCUUUGUCUAACCCUAAGAUCGAUGUGAUUUGGAACUCUACGGUUUUGGAAGCUUAUGGAGAUGGAGAAAAAGGUGUUCUUGGAGGAUUGAAAGUGAAGAAUGUGGUUACUGGAGAUAUUUCGGAUUUGAAAGUUUCGGGUUUGUUCUUUGCGAUUGGUCAUGAGCCUGCGACUAAGUUUUUGGAUGGUGCGGUUGAGUUAGAUUCUAAUGGGUAUGUAGUGACUAAGCCUGGUACUACGCAGACUAGUGUCGCCGGUGUUUUCGCUGCGGGUGAUGUUCAGGAUAAGAAGUAUAGGCAAGCGAUCACAGCUGCAGGAACAGGGUGCAUGGCAGCUUUGGAUGCAGAACAUUAUUUACAGGAGAUUGGAUCUCAACAAGGUAAGAGUGAUUGA